AGUAACUGACACACCUGAGAGAAUGCAAUGCAGAGAACCAACAGCCACAUACGGAUGCACACAAUGGCAGCCUGAGCCUCCGCUUGCAAAUUCUGAUGAUGUACUUGAGGAAAAAAGACAAACUUUAGAGAAUUUGUACCAGCGAUAUGGAAAAAGUGGAGCUGACAGGAGUGAUGUUUGUGCCUUAAUGAAGGAAACUUAUUAUUUGCAAAGAAAGCACAUCAAUGACACACAAGUACUUCCUAUCAAAGACCUCAAAAGCAAAUGGCCAUACCUGUUUGUGCAAAAGCACAUAUAUGCACAUUUUGAGGAGCUUACCAGUAUCGCCAUACACAAAAGGCUCAACCAAGCCAUACAGGAGUAUGGUAAAGUCCUCGUUGACUUCUUUAAGAGCAAACCCACAAAUGAAGUUGUCAAGAAAAUCUUGUCCAGCGAAGAAGAAGUUGGACCCCUUGUGAUCAAACUCAUCCUGGCACAUUUCCGAGAGGAUCUGGAUGGUCUUCUGCUUCUUGCGAAUAGGUGCGCCACAGCAGCUGACCUUCAAGCGACACACACCAUACCUGGGAGCCCACGACUAAUUGUGCUUGGAGACACUUUGACGAGUGGACACUGGAUGCUGACUAUUGAAGGCGAGGUUGUGUGUGAGGGCAUUCAGCCCAGCUUCCUGUCUGGCCUUGCCACUCUGUUCGCAUCGUACUAUAUAUUCAAUCUUGAGUACCAGGAGGAGGCAGCAUGUACCUUGGAGUUCAUUCAAAGACGCUUUGUAGGUAUUAAUCCGGAGAGAGGAACAAAGAAGUCGAAAGGAAAAGUGCCAUCUAAAACGACCGGGCAAAUGGUACAGAAGAAACAGGUUGCAGUGAACCCACAUGUUGCCACUCUUCUUUGCAAAGUGAUGGAUUUUCAGUGGAAUUUCUGAAAUCCACUCUUUGCAUCCUGUGGUGUUCUCCUUUUUUGGAUCAGAAGUUUGUUGGACUUGGGGCCUUGUUGUUUGUGGUGCCAUGGUCUGUUCAUGAAG